GAUGAGAAAGUCUUUCGUGACCGACAAGUCCACGGUCAUCUCCAUCCCCGUGGAGAGCUACAACAACGUGUGGCCGGAGCAGUUCCACUGCCUGUUCAAAGACGCCUUCAAAGUCUUCGUCCACCAUGGGCGACCCAAAGCGCUGGGGGCGGCUCAAGUCACCUCCGGAAUCUCCCUCCUCCUCCUCAGUCUGCUCUUCGGUGACUCCCACGGAGUCUAUAUUUUUCCCGCUGUUCUGUACAUGGUGACGGGUCUGUUGUCCUCGGCGUCCGGUCAUGCUCCGAACAUGCCAGUGGCUAAACUGUCACUUCUCCUGAACAUCAUCAGCGUCCUCUCAUCAGUCGCAGCCGUUUGUUUGGACAUCUUUGCUUCCGGACCCAAUGUUUCUCAGUCGCAGGAGCAUCACUCUGUCGCGGCUCUGAUCUGGAGUCUGCUGGUGGUGGAGGACCUGAUGGCUCUCUUCCUGAUCUACUGGAUCAGCAAUGCCGUCUGCAAACAGCAGUUCAACGUGUUGGUGCGUGCUUUCUUGGCUCUAUUAGACAAAUACAGAAGGUGUGUCACCACAUUUGUCUCGGUUUCUGCAGCCAGUUGUUCUUCUGAAACGGGGAGACUGAGCAUCUGUUGUGGUUGUGGCUUCUCGCUUCCUGGAUGCGGACGCAGAGGAGAGUGCAGAGGCGUCGACGUGUGAUACAGGCUGUUGUCUUCAGAGUCCAAGCGUGUCCUUUGUUGAGGUGAUGGCGACAGAAAUGACUGAGGCUCUUCAUCGAAAACAAAUGCUUAAAUGUUUUUCAUUCGAUGGCUUUACUCU